AGCCACCGGAGCCAGAAGAUCUGAUGACCCAUACGGCCCAUCUGACCCCGAGUGACUCUGAGAAUUGGGUUUUUUUCAGUAUACUGAAGACUUUCGGUGAAGUUUCUGAUGCAUCUAGAGGUGUGUCCGGUUAGACUGAUUAAACACCCUGAAUGUCCACUCUCAGGUUGAUCUCAGGGUUUCACCUGUGAAGACUCCAUCUGAUAACCAUCUGGUGAAGAUGAAGAUGAUGAUGAUGAGAAGGAUGAUGACAAUGAUGAAGAUGAGGAUGAUGAGAAGGAUGAUGACAAUGAUGAAGAUGAGGAUGAUGAGAAGGAUGAUGACAAUGAUGAAGAUGAGGAUGAUGAGAAGGAUGAUGACAAUGAUGAAGAUGAGGAUGAUGAGAAGGAUGAUGACAAUGAUGAAGAUGAGGAUGAUGAGAAGGAUGAUGACAAUGAUGAAGAUGAGGAUGAUGAGAAGGAUGAUGACAAUGAUGAAGAUGAGGAUGAUGAUUAGGAUUAUAAUGCUUAUGCUUAUGAUGAGGAUGAAGAUGAUGAUGAUGGAUCAGAGAAAGAGGACAGAGACCAGGCAGGAUCACUACAGCUGACCUGUCCAUUGACCCGAGGCUCCUAAUCCGGGACAGGAGCUCCUCUGCUCUCCUUGCGUAGUUGUAGCACACUUGUUAGGCUCCCUCAGGAUGGGGGAGGUGUUUGUGGUGGACAGCCAGGCCACUGCCACCCCUGUGCCCCCUAGACAGAGGACUAAGGGCACUUAUGUAGUGUACUCUCUCUUGGGCCUGGCGCUGUGCGGGGUGUUCCUGGAGGGAGUCCUGAUCUACCAGCUCUACAACAGGAUCUCUACACAACAGAAACCUGAAGAGUUUACUCAACAUUCCAAACAGACAGGAGAAAACAAUACCUGGGAUGAUUCUGGUUUUAACAAAACUCCACAGCCGAUCACCAAAUCUGAAACUGAGACCAAAACAGCUGCAUUUCUGCAUCUAAUGCACCCCCCGACCUCAGAGCUGGGGGUGAUACAGUGGAGUGAAAAUGGCUUUCCUGCGUUCACACACAAUUUCAGCUACAGAAACGGAAGCCUGGUGAUCCAGAGAGAAGGCUUCUACUACCUGUUCUCCAAAGUGUCCUUCACAAACAACUGCAACACCUUCAAGCACGAGGUCAAACUGAACUCAUCACGAUACAGCAACGUCCCCAUCAGCCUGAUGGUGGACAACAGGCACAGCUCCCUGAACCAGAUGAAGGCUCAUGACAGGAACCACUGCAGCAGCUACCUGGGCGGAGUCUUCCUGCUGCACAGAAAGGAGGAGGUGUUCGUCUCGGUCGAUAAGAGCUGCUUGUCAGAAGGAUCGAGCGAAAACUUCUUUGGUGGUUUCAUGAUAUAGCGUAUAAACACAAACAUCACACAAGUGUGCACUUUUUAAAAAUAAAAAAAAAAAGUAAUAUAUAUAUCUAUAAUAUUUAACUUUUUAGUAUUUGACAAGCAGGAAGUAUUUAUUGAAACAGAACCACAGCAUGGUACACAUGCUGUAAGAGCAGGGGUCCCCAACCACCAGAACUGGGCCACGGAUCAUUUGGUACUGAGCUGCAGAUCAUUUGGUACUGGGCUGCAGAUCAUUUUUUACUGGGCUGCAGAUCAUUUUUUACUGGGCUGCAGAUCAUUUGGUACUGGGCUGCAGAUCAUUUGGUACUGGGCUGCAGAUCAUUUUUUACUGGGCUGCAGAUCAUUUGGUACUGGGCUGCAGAUCAUUUUUUACUGGGCUGCAGAUCAUUUGGUACUGGGCUGCAGAUCAUUUUUUACUGGGCUACAGAUCAUUUGGUACUGGGCUGCAGAUCAUUUGGUACUGGGCUGCAGAUCAUUUUUUACUGGGCUGCAGAUCAUUUGGUACUGGGCUGCAGAUCAUUUGGUACUGGGCUGCAGAUCAUUUGGUACUGGGCUGCAGAUCAUUUUUUACUGGGCUGCAGAUCAUUUGGUACUGGGCUGCAGAUCAUUUUUUACUGGGCUGCAGAUCAUUUUUUACUGGGCUGCAGAUCAUUUUUUACUGGGCUGCAGAUCAUUUGGUACUGGGCUGCAGAUCAUUUGGUACUGGGCUGCAGAUCAUUUGGUACUGGGCUGCAGAUCAUUUGGUACUGGGCUGCAGAUCAUUUGGUACCGGGCUGUAAAGAAACAAUAAACUUAUAAUUUUAAAUAUAUAACUUAAAAUCCAUACUUCUGUAAGUCCGCAAACUAUCACAUGCUAAAAUGUCACUAGAGAGCUCCCCCAUCAAUCACCCCACAAGCCCCCCAUAACCCCCCUCCCCUGCCCCAGGCCUUGGAACAGUUGUCCAGUCUCAAAUUGGUCCAUGGUACAAAACAAGGGUUGGGGAACCCUGCUGUAAAGGGAAUCAUGGUGUGGUUCUGCCACCUGGGUGUGAACUGGCAUGAACCUGGCGGUCCCCAUCAAGGUGGAGGAGUGAACUUUUGGCGAGAAGAAGACUCGACUCUGUAAUUUAUUGAGAUACGAGCUGCUAAACUGACCCUCAAUCUUAAAACUGAGGCAACACACAAAGCUGAAAUGCUGCAGUGUUCUGGAUCUCUUGACCUAAAUGAGAUACUCAUUAUUUAUGUAAUUAUACAGUGUCCUCCUGUCUGAGUGGAAGGAAGUGGAGACGAGUGUGUAGAUCGUCUGAGGGAGCAGGAGCCGGGAUUACACACUUAAAAAAAUAUAGUCAGAGGCCAGGAAUUAUUUAUUUUGCCGUAUAGUGUUGACUGUAUUUCUCAGGGUAAUUGUUUUAAACCAUUUUCUUCUCCCUGAGCCAUGAUGUGUUUUAUUUUUUCUGAACAGAUAAUGAUUUGGAUUUUGUUAUCGCUGUUAAAUGUCAAAUCACAUCUUUGUCUUCAUGUAAGGAAAAAAUAAACAAAUAUAUAUAUAUUU